CAAGAGCUGGAAGACGCACCCGACGAUGGAACCGGGCGGCUUGGGAACACGGACUGGUGUCUAUGUGGUUCCUGCGCGCCGAUGGAGACCGUCGUCGAGUGCGUCUGCUGCCGCGAAUACCCGGCCGUCGCACGGAAGCAGCAGGGCCGGCAGGGCUGCGUAACGGGCCACCCGGACUUCGAGGCCCUGUGCCUCAACCCUGAGGUGUUGAGGUUGGCCUACCUCAACAUGCGGCACUACGGGCAGCAAGGGAUGGGCGCAAGUGCCAGCGAGCACUACAGAUUUGCAGCCUACAGGCAGUGUGCCCUGUGGCUGUGGAGCCGCUUGGGAAAGAAGAAUAGGCGGCCCCUGCCAUCCUGUGUGGUCAAGACAAUUAGGGGCAGGUACCCUGCUGACGUGUAUGCGGGCUACAGGGAUGCAGAAUAAAUUGCGUUGACCU